GAUAAUUUGGUAGGAUGGACUCAUUUUAACUAUUUUUCUUCCUUUUUUUCCCCUCUAAACCGUAACCCCUACUUCACUGACAACCUCCCUCCAGUUGCCAGCCAGUGCACCUGCUCCGCCGUACGCCGUUCCUGAUCGACGCUGUCUCAGCCACGUUGCAUUAUCAGCUGCCGCAGUCUCAUCAUUCCGACAAAAUCGCUGCCACUCCCUCCCUCUCACAUUCUCUCACCUCUCCGAGCACUCGGAAUUAUUUAUCUUUUUUGUUUUUCUCAGAAACACAGUGGUUCAACCCCUAACCUGCUCCGUUGGUGAGAUAGCACCGCCGCCAUUCAUUUUUAAGAUCCCCAAGCAGAGGGUGGUGAUGGGUGGAGUCAUUCUAGGCUUGCCAGGUCCUUGGGCGGAUGAUAAUCUUGAACUUUCUGAUCAUUAUACUACAAAAGUUGGUGGGCUUCCUGACUUGCCUUUUCAAAAUGUCAACCCCACUUUGCUAGACUGUUCUCAGUGUGGAAGUAAAUUAUGUCUUGUUUUACAGCUUUAUGCUCCAGUUUCAAUAGAAGGAACAAAGAUAGAUGAACGCCUCCUCCUAGUUUUUGGUUGUCUAACUCCAGAAUGUGGGAGCAGUUCCCUUGGUUGGCGAGUUCUUCGUGUUCAAAAAUCAUGUGACCAGGAGUUCUCCAAAGCUUCUCAAGAAAUUUUCCCAUUGACAACAUCAACUUCAGCUCCAAAAACCAACUGGUGGGAGCAAGUGGAUGAGGAAAGCGAAGAAGAAAUGGAUUUGGAAGAGCUACAAAGGGCAUUUUCAGAGGUUGCAACUAAAGUUUCUCAUGCCAAGGGAACUCCUAGUAAAUCCAACUCUAAGACUGUCACAAAGAGCUCAACUUUGAGCCCAACAAGAGUUGUUGAUGUGAAAACACCAGUGGUACCAUGCUUUUAUAUCUAUACUGAAGAUGAACCAUCAUCGAAGGAUAUCUCUAUCUGUUCCAAUUAUGCAUCACUCUCUAUAAAGGAGAAUCAAAGUGAUGCGGAGGAUUCAAUACAAGAAGAAAAGUGGUCAGAAGAAGGUUAUGAAUAUGACAAGGCUCUGACUGCUGAUAGAACUUACCUGAAGUUCAAGAAGAAAUUGGAUGCAUAUCCAGAACAAUGUUUCAGGUACUCGUUUGGCGGGAAGCCGAUUUUGGCAAGAGCAGAGGAUGGAGAAGCUGGAAAGUGCAAGGCAUGUGGUGGAUCAAGGCAGUUUGAAAUGCAGCUAAUGCCUCCACUGCUAUAUUUUCUUCAGGAAGCAGCUGAUGAAAGUCAAAAACAGUUGCUGGAGACCUGGAACUGGAUGACGCUUUUGGUACAUACUUGUUCUAAAAGCUGUUCACAAUCUUGUGAGAAGUCAGAUGAUGGGAACUGGAUCAUUACAGAGGAAUCCAUAUUUGUGCAAUUCGAGAAGCCUUUCAAUGGCCCUCCAGAAGUAGUUGGCUUCUUCUCCCCCACAACAUGAGCUCGAUUUCAGGACCGAGACAUGGGGUGAAAAGUUCACAUCAAAUUUUAUCUGCCUGUAUAUCUCAAGGGAAAAUUUUGUGGGGUUUGUAAUUUAAUGUAGUAUUAGUUCUUAUAUUGAACGUUAAUUUGGUUGAAUGAUUGAUUUGAUCGUGUUCAUAGUGAGAAUCUUAUAAUGCCAUAAUGCAUGCUUCACAAAUAUGAUGUUUCAAACUGUUUAUCAAGUGAAGAAUUAUAUUAUUUGGAGCGGCAAA